AUGGCACCAAACGACAAAACAAACCAAUCAGUCUUUAGGCCAAUCUGGAACUUGCUUGGGAACAUUGCUUCUCAAAUCAAGAGUGGAAAGGUUAUCCAAGAUAUUGGCAUGAUGCAUGACCUCUUUAAGACUGCUGCCAAUGGCGGUUCACAGAAUGACAGAGAGUUCUUGCUUGAAAGAAUGGUCGGUGUACUUUCAACUAUUCCUUCAACCCCAGAGAAUGACCAACUCACUGGUAAAUUCAUUAAAAUGCUCUGGCAAGACCUUCCUCACCCACCACUCUGUUACGUCGGUGAUCAGCCUUUCAACGGCAACGAAGUUGUACAAGGUUCUUUACGUGUGAGACACGCAGACGGCGCGCUCAACAACCCAUUCAUGCCUUCAUUGGGCAGAGCCGGCACCCCUUACGCGCGUAAUGUCUCAUCGAAGCACGUCUACUCCCAACCACUUCCAUCCCCAGAAGAUGUCUUUGACAAGCUCCUGCGUAGAAGAGAAGGUGACUUCUUGGAACACCCAACUGGUCUUUCAGCCCUUUUCUUCAACUUUGCUACCUGUGUUAUCCACACCAUCUUCAGAACUGACACGCGUAACUCUGCCAUCAACGGUACCUCUUCAUACAUCGACUUGGCUAUUGUCUAUGGUAACAACGACCAAGAGGAACACUCCGUUCGUUCAUUCGACAAUGGUAAACUCAAGCCAGACACAAUCUCCGAGUCAAGAUUGUUCAUGAUGCCACCAGCCAUUACCACUCUCCUCAUUCUUAUUUCGAGAAACCACAACUACAUUGUCGACAACUUGUUCAGAGAGAACGAGAGAGGAUGGUACAAGCCAUGGAACCAACUUGACGACGAGCAAAAGAAGAAGCAAGACCAAGAUCUUUUCCACACCGCUAAGCUCGUCAACUGUGCCUUCUUCGCAAAUGUUGUCCUUCACGACUACUUGAGAGCUAUCUUAGGCCUUACUCGCUCAAAGUCAACAUGGGUUCUCGACCCACGGGCUGAAGUACACCAGAUGGGUCAAGCUCCAUUGGAAGCUGGUAACGGUGGUGCUGUAUCUGUUGAAUUCAACGUUCUCUACAGAUGGCACUCAGUUUUGUCAAAGUCUGACACCAAGUGGACUGAAGGCUUCUUCAAGAAGAUCUUUGGUCCAGACUGUGACUUUGACAAGAUCACUCCAAAGGACUUCCACGAGAAGGCAUACAAUUUGGCGAAGAUGGCUGGAGACGACCCAGCCAAGCGCGAAAUUCCAGGAUUGCACCGUAAUUCAGAUGGUGCAUUCAAGAAUACAGACCUUGUUGGUGUGUUGAAGCAGGCCAUUGAUGAACCAGCUGCAUCAUUCAGAGCAAGAGGUACACCAACCGUAUUGAAGGUUGUUGAUAUGAUGGGUAUGAAGCAAGCCAGAGAUGUUUGGGGCUUGUGUACCAUGAACGAGUUCAGAAAGGCCAUGUCAUUAACCACGUUCAAGUCAUUUGAAGAGUGGAACUCUGACAAAGAGGUUGCCCAAGCAGCCAGAGAGUUGUAUGGUCACAUUGACAACCUCGAAUUAUACCCAGGUUUACUUGCAGAGGAGCAAAAGCCACCAAUUGAAGGCAGCGGUCUCUGUCCAGGAUUCACCGUCUCAAGAGCUAUUCUUUCAGAUGCCGUUUCAUUGGUUCGUAGUGACAGAUUCCUCACCAACGACUGCACGCCUAAGGCACUCACCACAUGGGGUUUCAACUACAUCCAACCAGACAACGAAAACAAGGCUUUCGGUGGUAUGCUUGUUACGCUCCUUGCUAACACCCUUCCAAACACGCUCAGCCCAGACAGUGUCUACGCGCUCUUCCCAUUCAACACUCCGGAGACAAUGAAGAAGAACCUUAGCAACUUAAACAUUGACGAUGAGUACAAGUUCACGACCAACUAG